AAAUUAUAUUUACAGUGACUUGCAUUCCUUAUCUCUGGUGAUGUGUGGGUUAUCUCAACGGCUAAUGAUAAUACAAUAUUUAAAUUAAAAAGGCAGAUGGUUAUUUUAUGGAGACGUCAUCAUAUUAUGAUCAGAUAUCAUUCGGUCAUUUUCGGAGUUUAUUAAGAGGACGCAGUUGUGGGUGCCAGCGGAUGUUUUACUGUUGAUUAUAAAGAAUUUUUUCUUGUUCAAAAGAAACUUAUUUAUUGAAGUUCAUGUUGGAAGAAAAGUGUAUUAUAAGGAACAUUACAUUUUUUGAUUUCAAUUAUAAAGUUAUUUGAAAAUUUUGCAAUAUAACAUUCUAACUGUUUUAAAAGAAAAAGUUGCUAUAAUAAAAGUUACAAACAUGUCUUCGAACGAAUCAGUAUCAUCACAAUCGAUAUUAAAUUCUAACAAUUUAUCCUAUGCCAUGAAAAGUAACACUAGUGAUAUAAUAUCUACCAGCUUUGGAUCGGGUAACAUUUAUAAUAACUGGAGUGUCAACGUGUCAACACCGAGUGCUUUAGAAGAGCCUGCCUCAAGAGAAGUCAUUGUUCUACUUUCUAUUUUGUUCAUUGUGAUAGGAACGGUCGGGUUGAUUGGCAAUAGCCUCGUUAUUAUUGUUAUUCUUCUGGACAGAAAAAUGCGGCAAUCAGUGACCAAUAUUUUCAUAAUGAACUUAGCAACGGCGGACUUCCUAAUUAUGUUGGUCGGGGUGCCUGAAAUUAUACAGUUCAUGAUGAACAGAGGCUGGUUGCUUGGCGAAGCACUUUGCAGGAUCAACCGAUUUAUUGUGGUCGUCAGCCUGUAUGUCUCGAUUCUGUCGCUUGUGUCCGUAUGUAUUGAAAGAUUUGUGGCAAUUGUGUAUCCAUUGAAAGCCCACCUUCUUUGUGGAAGGAAGAAAAUAGUGUUUGCCAUUCUGCUAAUCUGGCCCGUAUCCAUAGCGUGUGGUCUACCUACGGUUCUCUACAAUACAUUGGCUUCUCCGGACCCUGAGGUACACUUCAAGCACUGCUUCAUCCGCUUUCCGGAACUUCGAUAUCACACCGUGUUUGAUUAUUCGCAGUUCGUGUUGUUUUAUUUCGUCCCAGUCACUGUUCAGAUUAUACUGUAUGCAGUGAUAGGUAAGAAACUCUACGCAAGUACGGAAGAGCUUCAUGCGCGCUUUCAGAUGAGAAAAGAUAACAGAUUGAAGAAAGAAAAAAUAAAAUCAUCGGACACAAUCAAAGCAAGGAAAGAUGUGGUGAAAAUGCUUGCUGCAAGUGUACUUGUUUACAUAAUCUGCUACGCUCCACCGCAGAUUUUACUGAUGUACACAACAUUUGCGACAAAACCAUUUCAACCCACCUGGUCCUUCCAAGUUUUUAGUAUUAUAAUUUCAAACGUUAAUUCUGCUGCUAAUCCUAUUCUGUAUAGUAUAUUCAGUCAGAACUUUAGAAAAAACUUCAGGAAAUACCUGUUUUAUUUCUGUCUCCCCAAGCCAGCAGAAUAUCAAAGAGCCUGUCAGGACUCAAGUAACGAAUCAAGAAUAAUGUCUCGGAAGGUUGGAUCCGUAAUGAGUAGGUCGACGACAUUUUCACGAGUGUAAACAUACGCUUAGGCGUUUCAUUUAAAUAUUUAGAAAAAUAUAAGUAUGUUGAAACUUAACGUAAGUCACAAUGAACGUGAAAAAUUAACUUUGCAAAAGUAAUAGUAGAUGCAGAUUAACGAUUGUAAUAUUAGUAUAAUCUGGAAAAGCAACAACUGUAUAAAUUGAGUAAUUCGGUACAUACAAGGAAUGAAUGACAUCAAGAAUCAUCGUAUUUUUCCUGACGAUUUAAUACAAAAGAUUUUGGAAAUUAAUAUUGUUGUAAUAUUAAGAAAAUAUAGUUUGAUUUUACAAACAUAGCGUUUGCCUUUUUAUGACCUUAACUUGAUGUUUCCUUUUGUGUUUGUAUAAUGAUUGUAUAUUACACGUGUUUAUUCAAUGCAUUGUCAUCGACUUUGCGUUUAUGUAUUCAUGAUUGUGUUUGAUUAAUUAUAAAUGAAAAUAUAUUUUUACGCGUCAUUGCAACAUGGAUUUUGCUAAUGGUAAAGCAAAUUUAAAUAGUUUGGAGCGUUUUGAAAAGUAUUCAUUUAAUGUAAAUUGUUGUUUUCAGUUGCAUUGCAUUUAUUCAAUAGGGAUGUUGUUAUUAAAUAGAUAUGUUAAUUUCGAACUAGUUAACAAGAGAACCCAUUAAUAGUACGAGUAAAUAAAAUGACCGCCGCAUUAUUACUGAAAUAAUAUCCAAACAAACGCAGUUUAACAAACAGGCAUGGUAAUUCGCCCUAUUCGUUCAAUGAAAAAUGUAUGUGUGUACGAUACAAAUACUGGUAGAUCGUGGUAACAUGAUUUCGAAAUUAAUCAAUAUUUACAUAACGCUCUACGCCGUAUUUAAAUUAUUUUUCGAGGAGCUAAUGUAUACAUUUUUGACCCGCAAAACUAGAUGCGCGGACAUUAAAAAUGAAUUGUGAGCAAAUGUAACUGACUUGCCAUUGUUUGAAGCCCCUUUGUACACAUGGAAAAGCUUUAAUUUGUCCGCAGCUGUUAACACUGGUAGCCCGCAUAUAAGACAGUUUUCAAUUAAUGAAGUCGUUUGUUAAUUUCAGACUUGCAAGUAGUUUAAUGGUCGUCACUUAUGGUAACCAUUGUUUUUUUUCUCUAAUAAUAUCGGAGAGCCACAUUUCCACGUCAACUAUACUUCCCUAAACCUGAAUAAAUUUCAGUUGCAAAAGUCAUUUGUUUAUUUUCCUUUAAUAUUAAGAAAAAUUAAACUGUCGCAUCUUCGGUAGCUAAUGCCCUGUGUAUCGAAUACAAUCUUAGGUUAAGCAUACAUAUAUAUUGCAAAUGCACCGUGAGUCUUAAAGGGGACUUUUUACAGAUUUUGGUAUGUAUUGAAGUUAACUUUGUCAUUAACUGCUUUAUAUUAAUAAUUGUAAACAUUGGAUCUAAAAAGCUCCAGUAAAAACAAGAAUAGAAUAUACAAAUACAAAAGCAACCAUCAACUAGGCUCGAACCACUGACCCCUGUAGUCCUGGAGUAAAACUCUAACGUUUAGACCACUCAACCAUCCGUGCUGGUGCAAUGUGUCCUGUAUUUUGUUCUUUAUAUAAGCAAUACUCGUGGCUUCACAACAUAUAACGGCAAAAACAACUCUCUAAAUUAUUCAAUCGUUUCGCGCUGCAACGCUUUGUAAUUGAUGCGUAUAAUGGAUAUUCUAGAGCAUGGUAAAUGUUCCGUAUUACUGUUUCCACACAAAUAUCAUAACUAAGACGAAAAUUUGCAAAUCUGAAACUACAGUUUUUAAUUUUGUCAAUUUACCAAAACGUGAAAAGGCCCCUUUAAAGUGAAAACGUGAUUCUUAUGAGCAUAUGUUUAGAAUAUGUAGAAACAUAGUAUAACAACUGGCUAGUGUAGCACAAAAGAACGAUUUGGGUUGAUAUUACCUGUUGAGUAAAAUUGAAAAACUGUUAUCGAGCCAAACGAAAGUUGUUAUUGUUCAUCUACCGAUGAUUUGGUCAACGUCCUUUUUUUGUUUUGUUAUUUUAAAUAUUUUGCAGAUUUAUAAUGUAAAUGAACGUUAGUGCGCAUACUCAUUUCGAAGCUAUAUGCAACGUGCAAACAUAAAGAUUAAAAGCAAAAACAAUUGUCUGCGAACAUGCUAGUACUACAUGCGUUUCUAUUGCAAUAAUAAAAUUGCAUGACAA